AAAUAAUAAUGUUGUAUAAUUACUAUUACAGGGGAUUGUUCUGGGCACUGUUUGUUGUUUCAAUUAUACUUUCCGAAUCAGUGUCUAAGCUAUAUAUCGCUCAACUAAAUAAAGACGAUGUUUUUAUUCGUGACAAUCUUUUGGCAGAGUAUGACGCUUAUUCCAUAACUAUGUGUGCAGCUGUGUGUGGUCCAGAAUGUAGGUAUUUUGGCGUCAAUUUGCACACAAAGAAAUGUCGCGUUUACUCGGGAUGUCAGCCAGAUAAUUCAACAGAAAUUCAAGUAGGAUGGAAAUACUACAGCUCGGAAUCAGAAGGAUGUAAACAUCCAUUGAAUUGUAAAGCUUUGCUUGCUGAUGGUCAUACAAUGUCUGCUGUUUACACUAUUUAUCCCUGUAACAACCAAUGGUCAGUCAAUGUCCAGUGUGAUAUGACCACCAAGGGUGGAGGAUGGACGGUUAUACAGAGGCGUGUUGACGGAUCAACCGAUUUUGACAGAACUUGGCAGGAGUACAAGGAGGGAUUUGGUUCUGUGAAUUCGUCUUAUUGGUUGGGAAAUGACGUCAUUUAUCUGUUAACCAAUCAGAAGCCGUCUCUGUACUUGUCCAUUACACUUACCAAUGGAACCACUCUAUACCAACAGUACGGGGAAUUCUCCAUAUCCAACGAGGCAGACAACUACAGACUUUACCUGAAUGGACCGACCACAGGAACACUAGGUGACAGCAUGAUGUUGAACACAGGAAUGUCUGACACAAAUCUGUUUGGGAUGGCCUUCAGUACCCCAGACAGAGAUAAUGACGGGUGGAGUGCUGGUAAUUGGGCUGCUUUAACUAACAUAAGAGGGGGUUGGUGGUUUAACAAAUGCCACUACGCCUUCCUGAACGGUCCGUGGUCCCCGGAAGAUUGGCAUUAUCCAUGGUUUCCGCUACUUAGGGAUGGUACAGAGAUAAAAGAGACUGUUAUGAUGAUAAAAACUCAUUAACAAUUUUAAAUGUUGUUUUUACAUAAGAGUCAGAAAAUUUAAUAGCAUUCAAAUGGUAGUAGCUUUAUAAGAAUGGAAGAAUUGAUAUUUUAUAAGAUCAUCUGCUGAGGUACUUCAGUAACCCUCUUAUAACCCUCUUUUUGCACAUAAGUUGCGCCUAAUGAGUUUCCAUAGCUGAUCGCUCAACUGCGAAGACAUGUGUUUGAACAUCUUAUUGAUAUCAGAAACAAUACUAAAGGAAUUAUCUCAGAAAAGUAACAUUCCUGAUAUAGAUAUUUAAUUUUAAGUAGAAAAAAGACAGGAAAAUUCUAAAGUUAUAAAUAAAUAAAAGACAUUUAAGGAAUGGAGCUUGUUUCAACUUUUAAGCGUAAACUGCCCCAAGUUUUGUUAUAUCGUAUAAUAUAAGUUUAAAUUAGCUUCAUUCCUUAUAAUUUAAUUUCAGUGCAGACAAUAAGACAAUUUUCCACCCCCUAUAGAACUGAUACAUAAACCUACCAGCUAUGUGCAUGUAAAUAGAUCCAGUUUGUUGUUUUUACGUAAGAGUAAGAAAAAAUUAUUUAAAAUAAGAUUUUCCUUAACCACAUUUACAAGCACUGAGGAGUUAUUUGUAUCGAGUACUUUUGAUACAAUAUGUAUGGUCAAACCUGUCAAAUACAGACACCUCUU